GACCCUACAGGAAGCAGUGGCCUGGGUCUCGCCUACGUGGAGGCUUUAACCCGUGCAGGACUGCAAUGUCUGACAGGUGCGCCAUUCCUGGGAUAUCUCCCGCUCUCACAAGAGGCUGGAACGCGGAAUGCCAACAUAAAGCUUAGGACGGUGUUUGUAAAAUGUGAUGUCUCGAGCUGGGAUGACCAGGUCAAUUUGUUUCGAGUUGCCAAGGAAAAGGCGCCAAAUGGAAGAAUCGACGCCGUUAUUGCCAAUGCCGGAAUCUACGGGCCUGACAUACUUGAAGGUGCCGUGUCACGUCCUCUUAUAGUUGCCUCCAGAUUAUCGGAGGAACAACCCACGAAGCCCAACACUUCAAUGCUGAACGUAAACUUAAUAGGAGUGAUGUACACUACUCGGCUUGCUGCGUGGCACUUCGAUCGGCAAAACUCCAUCGACCCAUGCGUCAUCCUGGUAAGUAGCAUCAUGGGCUAUAUCGAUACUCAGGGUUCGUCGGUCUACUCGGCAGCGAAGCAUGGGGUCCGUGGCCUGAUGACUUGCCUUCGACGCAAAAAGACGAUCCGGGUCAAUUGUCUUGCACCAUGGUAA